AUGUCGGAGCCCAAGAAGCGAAAGGCUGUCGAAAAUGUCGACAAUGACCCGGAACCGACAACGGGGACACAAAGCCGGGAGGUCACGCUUAGUGCCGAGAUUGACCAAUUGCGAGCUGAAACGAAGUACCUGAAAGAGUCGCUCGCAGACCUACGUAACUCCAUCGCGAGCAAAGACAAGCUGGUCGACGCGCUGGAAAGAAUGCUCGACACGGCGAAUAAGGAAAUUGAGCAAUUGCGGGAGCGACAGGCGAAGGAGAAGACUCCUGAAGACUCCAGGUCUCUAAAUGAACGGCUUCAGAAUCACAUUUUUGAUGAAGCCCACGCUCGUUUCUACCCCAACGCGAGCACUAAGCCCAAAUGA